GAUCCGAGCAGAUUAGAUGUGUUUGUCAUUGGAAAGAGUUUCAUUUCUAUGAAUUAAGUACUGUCUAUCAACAGAUAAACAGAUUAACAUAUCUAUUUACCAUUAACAGAUGGUUGUUCUAAGAAUAAGGAAAGCCCACAAAAUAUAUUAUGCACUUCUCUGUUUGAGCAUUGUUGUCUUCAUCAUGUACCAGUACCUGGGGUAAGUAAGAUAAUAAUAAUUUACUUAUUAUUCAUUCUAUGGCAUGUUUUAGUGUACCUUGAUAUGUUUUUAAGAGCAUGAAUUGAAUGACUAAAAUAAACGUUUUGUCUUCAGUUCAAUGAAUAGCCCUACUCUGAAGUACUUGUACUCUCACACAGUGCCCUUCUCUAUCCAGUAUGUAAAAAGGAUUAAUACAAUUGUGUGUGGUUUCAUACAUAUCAUUUCUUGAUAGCUGAUAACACAAAAAUAACUGCUUUUAUCCAUAUUAUCCAUUUAUAAGACAGGAGGACUAGGUCCCAUCUGGAAUUACACAACCUCUCCAAGCACAAGGCUAUGACUAGGAGUAGCCUAGAAAGGAGUGCUACUUGUGUGACCUGUAUUGUUCAAUGUUUAUUGACCCAAAUCAAUGUGGCAUGGCUGAUUCUUGUCUAGUACUGCGCCCGGUGGCAGGAGAAUGAGCAGGAGAGUAGGCUUGAGUGCCAACUCAUCCCAGUUCACCUUGGAGGGAGAACCUUUCCGUAUUCUGGGGGGAUCCGUCCACUACUUUCGGGUCCCUAGAGCCUACUGGAGGGACCGCCUGAUGAAAAUGAAGGCUUGUGGCAUCAACACCCUCACUACGUAUGUAGCAUACAAUCACUCAGGCAAAAAUGGCACCCUAUUCCCCAUAAAGUCCACUACUUUUGACCUGCAUCUGAAAUGGCAUGCUAUUCAUAGAGCACUACUUUUGACCAGAGCCCUAUGGGCCCUGGUCAAAAGUAGUGCACUAUAGUUAAUAGGGUUCCAAUUUGGUCGUAACUUAAGCCUACAGUAUAAUAGUUAUUAAUAAAAUAAAAUCUAAUUUUAUUUGUCACACGCUUCGUAAACAACAGGUGUAGACUAACAGAGAAAUGCUUCCUUACGGGUCCUUUUCAAACAAUGCAGAGUUAAAGGUAUAGAAAUAGUAACCUGAGGAAUAAAUACACAGUGAAUAACGAAUAACAAUAAAGAGUCAAAAUAACAUGGCUAUAUUCAGGGAGUACCAGUACAAAGUCGAUGUGCAGGGGUACAAGGUUAUUGAGGUAGCCAUGUACAUAUACUGUAGGUAGGGGUAAAGUGACUAGGCAACAGGAUAGAUAAUAGACAGUAACAGCAGUGUAUGUGGUGAGUGUGAAAGUGUGUGUGUGUGUGUGUGUGUGUAGCGUCAGUGUGCAUGUGUGUGUGUGUGUGUGUGUGAGUUGUGUGUGUGUGUGUGGGUGUGUAUGCCAUCAGUUUGCAUGUGUGCGCAUGUUAUGUGUGUGGGCGUAUGUAGUGUGUGUGUGUGUGUGUGUGUAUGUGUGUGUUGUAAUAGUUCAUGACCCUGGUCAUUUGUUGUGCGAUAAUGAGGAGCAUCCUGUUUCUCUUGCAGAGAUGUACCAUGGAGCUUACAUCAGCCAGAGAGAGGGGUUUUUCACUUUCAAACAGAGUUGGAUUUAGAGUAAGGACCCCUCCUGUUCCUCCUCUUCAUCAUUUAUAGUUGAACGUUUGCAGCUUUCCAUUGCUCUAUACAAACACAAAUAAUUGUCUUGCAUCUUAUCUAUCCCCCUGGCAUUAAUACUCAAAUGACUGAAACGCAUUGGGAAUUUCCUUUUACAUCAUUUGGCAUCAGGUGUCGUUAUUACCCGAGCUGCCAUGCUCAUGGGAGUGAGUAGCAGAUGCACUAUCCUGACAACAGCCCAAAUGCAUCUUCACAACAACAGCACUUGCUGUGCAAUUAAUGGCACUGAGGUCAGGUCACAUGAUUCCCAUGUUUCCAGGGGACUUGGGUUCACACCAAUUUUAUAUGUCUAUAGUUCACACUCAUAGAGAAUAUUUGCAUAUCUGACACUCAAGUGAAACUUACACUCCAAAAUCAGACCUCAGUCCAGAAGUGGACUCAUUUUUAUGUCUGAAAACAACUGACAAACUUUGGUUCGGAGUGAUGUCCCUGUGUCUUGUUUUCCCAGAGCCUACAUUAACCUGGCUGCUGAGGUAGGACUCUGGGUGAUCCUGCGUCCAGGGCCGUACAUUUGCUCUGAGCUGGACCUAGGAGGGCUGCCGAGGUCAGUCAGCUGUCUGUCUAUCUAUUUGUAUGUUUGCCUGUUUUUCUGUCUGUCUGACCUUCCAUUUUUAAACCACCGCAUUUGGAGUUUGGUGGAAUCGAGGCCAACGGAGCCAUCCAUUUUGAAUAGGAGACUCUGCCCUACACUACUUUACUGUUGAAUUGUCUGCUCUUAAGAGUCAGGACAUUUCUGAGGCAACAUUCCUCAGUAAAUGUAAUAAGGAGGUCGGAGCGUGUAAAUGUGUUUUGCACAGAGGCCACUUGAUCUAGCAACACAAGGUGCCAUUUUGAUUGUAAUAUGUGACUAUGGGAACCAGGGUAAACAACUUAUACUAUACCCCAGGGAGGGGCGGAUUGGCUGUCUUCUAGCUUUCUGUCCUCCUGGGAAUAUGACUCAACAGUUUCAUGAACAGUGAGUUUAACUGACUACAACACCCCCAAUUAUCUUUCUCCCUGGCAGUUCUAAUACUACUUUUCCACUCUCUCUUCUUCCCUCGGUUAAGUUGGCUUCUUCGUGACGGGAGUAUGAGGUUGAGGACUACUCACCCAGGAUUUGCUGAGGCAGUCAAUACGUUCUUUGACAAGCUCAUUCCAAAAAUGGUUCCUCUACAGGUCAUUAUUUGGUUCCUAUUCGAAUAUAACCUGGCUGUAGCCAAACCAAAGCUAUAGCUAUAGAAUACAUUAGCUGUAGAAUUGUCCUAUAUCAUUUGAAAAUGUAUUUUUUGUUUUUUCAGUUCAAGAAAGGAGGGCCCAUCAUUGCUGUACAGUUGGAAAAUGAAUAUGGAUCAUUUGCAAUGGAUAACACUUACAUGCCUUUCAUCAAGGAGGUAAACACACAUGCACACACACACACACACACACACACACACACACACACACACACACACACACACAAAUAAUGUAAUUACAGAAUGUAUGGCAUUAUCCAAUUAGGUUUUAUAAUGUAUGGGUCAUGUCCAGUGUUGGUGCUCACUACUGUGUUUCUUCAUAGGCUCUAAAGUCCAGAGGAAUCAAUGAGCUCUUACUGACGUCAGAUAACCAUGAGGGGUUAAAGGAAGGGGGUGUGACUGGAGGUACAGUUUAUCAUUACAGCAGACACACUUACAGUGUCCUUAUUUUACACCGUCCUUGUGUCCACAUUCACUGAUCAAAGUUCUGCAGUCAUUUUACAGUAUAUUCCUUUAAAUCCAACCUAUCUUCUAGUCAUCAGAACAGUGAAUCUACAGAAACUGAAUCAGGGCGACAUCAAGUAUUUGAAUGCUAUUCAGGUACAACCCAUUCUCUCCACUUGCUCCUCAUCUUCAUACUUGAACAUUUUCAACAAAUGCUGAACAAAGUUUAUUAGGAAGAUCAGCAAAGUAUUUAUACAUUGGCCACCAAUUAAAAUGAUAGCAGUCUGUAUUGAUCAUGUGUAAGUUGUGGACUGUGUAUUUAUGCACGGCAGCCUAAUAGCCCCAUGAUGGUGAUGGAGUACUGGACAGGCUGGUUUGAUGCAUGGGGAGACCUCCACCAUGUCCUCGCCCAAGAGGGUAGGGUUGUAUUUUUAAGCUUACUUACUUACUUAGGCUUUGUCGUGACUAAUGACGCAUAAGUCCUCCAAAUGGUCCCUCCGUUUCUCCCUGUCCUGAACCUCUUUCCAUGUGUUUACCUUCAUCUUUCCAGUAUAUGCAGGAUUCCGCAAUGACUUAAAAGUAGCAGUCAAUGAAAUGACUAAUAUUCCUUUAGCUUAUUCUGCAGUUGUACACAUUUUUCAGACUGUGGAGUUUUUCUGAAGCUGCUAUUCAUCAACAUAUUUUUGUGCCUGUCAUUAACAUGCUUCUCCAAAAUGUCAGUUAUUAAAUUGCUAGAUAUCUGCGAUAAACAUGAAUGAUCUCUUUGUUUGUCAGAUAUGGUUUCUGCUGUGCGGGAGAUUCUGAGACGCGGCAUGUCCAUUAACCUGUACAUGUUCCACGGAGGGACUAACUUUGGUUUCAUGAGCGGAGCACUGAUCAAUCCAAUCUACAAGGCACUAAUCACAAGCUAUGGUAUCUUAUCCAGAUAUUUAUUCCACUUUUUAGCAGCAUUCCAAUUUACACUAGUGGCAAUGUGUUUUGAAGUUUCCUCUCACAAUUUAGUUUUGUUUUGUAUUAUCUUGUAUUACACAUUGCCACCAAUGAGUGGCAGUGUGGACCAACAUGUCAUGAGAGAUCUUCCCUGUCCCCACUCCCCACUGAUGAUUGCUGUCAUCCAGAUUAUGAUGCACCUCUGUCCGAAUCGGGGGAAUACACACCAAAGUAUCACCUUCUCAGGGAUCUAUUCAGUCAGUACCACAGUAAGUUGAUCACUAAACUUAAAAAUAAUAAUUAAAUAGCCCGACUUUUGUCAACUUUAAGGGCUGGUUUCCAGGACCAAUAGAGAAUCCCCAUUGAAAAUGUUUAAAUCCAGGGUUAGUUUUACUGUAAUCUGAGUCUGGAAUACUGCCCUAAAAGUGUAAGGGAGAUUGUGUGUGACCUCAUUGUCUGAUGACUCCCUUGGCCUUGUGUGUCGGAGGUGAGAAGCUCCCUGAUAUGCCGGCCCUGCGUUGGAAGGAGAGGUAUGAGCCAGCCAUCAUGUACCAGCACCUCUCUCUGUGGGAUGCCUUGAGCUUCGCUGGGGAGGUGAGUGUGCGUGUGCAUGUAUGUGUGUGUAUGUGUGUUUGUGUGUGUGCGCGUGUGCUUGUGUGUGUGGGCGCUGGUCCGUGUGUAGGUCGGUCUGUGUGUGUGUGGGUCCGUUUGUGCCUCUGUGUGCAUAUGUGCAUAUGUGUGUAUGUACUGUAUAUGUGGAUAUGAGUAUGCAUGGGUCAGUUCUACACCAAACGUACGCUUCAUGACUGUGCAUGUGUGUGUGUGUGUGUGUGUGUGUGUGUGUGUGUGGCUCUUUCUGUCUCUCUAGCCAUUUAAAUCACCAACCCCAGUCAACAUGGAGAAUCUCCCAGUGAACAAUGGGAAUGGCCAGUCCAAUGGAUAUACCCUCUAUGAGACCAUUAUAACCAGCGGAGGCUCCCUCAAGUCUGGAGACAAUGUACGGGACAGAGCCCUGGUGGGUCUACACAUCCUAUAGACACCAUGACUUGUUCAAAAUAUAGAGUUUAUGACACAGUUAUAUCACAUUUUAUAAUUGAAAUGGUCCUGUUAAUGUGGAAAUCACUUAUGAUUCUCUUAUGAUACAGAAGUUGGGAAACUACACUUUUGAAGGCAUUUAUUUGACAGAUGUAAGUUUGUUUCUAGGUGUUUGUGGACAGACACUACAUCGGCAUUUUCAAGCAUCAGAAUCUGCAGCUAGCGGUGCCUGAUGGAAAGGUACUGCAAGAUGAACAUGAGGCCUACUGGAAGCUACUUUCAAAUAGGACCUACAAGCUUUUCAAGCUUUCAUAAUCAUCAACAACCAAACAGAGCCAAAUAAUGAUUUAAUAUUCUAACUACAGGGAAAGCGGACAUUGAGUUUACUGGUUGAGAACUGUGGACGAGUUCACUAUGGGAAAGCUCUAGAUAAACAGCGCAAAGGUGCACAUCUAUUUUGACUAUCCUCUCUUUACACUGUAACUAAAUCGUAUUAUCCUACUGUAGCAGAAACUGGUAACAAUGUACUUCUUUUCAGCUUUGAUGCCUUUUUAUUGUCUGUGUUGUAUUGUAGGUCUCGUAGGUGACAUUCUAUUGAACAACACUCCAUUGAGGGACUUCACCAUAUACAGUCUGGAUAUGAAAACCAGCUUUAUUGAUAGGUUUGUAUAUUUAAAUUUUCAACUUGUAGUACUUGUAAACAAUCAAGCUCGUAAAAAGUCAUUUUUAUGAGCUUGAGCACUACAGAUACCAAUCAAGCAUACCAAUGUUUGCAUGUGAACAUUUCAUGGAACACAUUUCUGUUGGUGGCCCACCCUUUGAUGGUAUGCAUGUACAUAUUAGACAGUGUGGCAUUAAUAUAUUUGUGACUAUACCUUGAGUAAUAUAUCUAUUUCAGCCUCAACCAGGCACCUUGGAAGUCCCUUCCACACAUUCCCAGUUUCCCUGGAUUCUUCCUGGGAAGAAUGUUUACCUACGGCUAUCCAAGUGACACCUUCGUCAAGCUACCAGUGAGUAAAUAUAGUCAUAUUAUACUGUGAUACUUUGGCUGUGACACCUGCUUUGGUGUGCGUGCUUCUCUCUGAUGCUAUUGUAUGUUUGUUAUCUUGUUAGUGGAGCAGGGAAGUCAAGUGA